CUUCCGUUCUUCCAAAAAGGAAGCUUUAUUUCAAAUUUUGGCAUUUAAGUCUUUCUCUGUUGCAAACAACGCUUUUGUGAAAAUCCUUUUUGACAUUGGGCACAAUCGUUGCUUCCACAAGAGGUUUCAAGAAGAUUCUUCUUAGGAACUCUUUACGCUGACUUCAUCGCCAGUAAUGGAAAACGCACGAAUACGUUUUUAUCACAUUUGGUAUUGAAUCUUCGAUCAAGGUGUUUGUCACCAGUAUCAAAGGAACCAAGAUACGCUGUAAGGAAAGGAUCUGUCAAAUUCGGUGUUUUGAAGACGACAAGUAACGCUGUGAUCUUCAGAAGAUGGUUAGCAGAGAUCGACUGGUAUUACCCUGCUUUUUCGCCAUAAUCAUCAUCAUUGAAGUCUUUGCAUUUGUUGAAGGGACUGGAUCCGAGUAUGCCUUGAAGACGAAGCUGAUGUCAAACUAUCUAAAGACAGUUAGGCCAGUCAAGAACUACAGCAACCCAGUUGAUGUUAAAUUUGAUAUUGCCUUGAGAGCUAUCGUUGAUCUGGAGGAAAAGAACCAAGUGCUCACAUCCAGCGUAUGGGUGCGGAUAUAUUGGAAAGAUGAGAAUCUCGUUUGGGAUCCAAAGAACUACAGCGACAUCAAAUCAGCUAACUUUCUACCCAAAGAGAUCUGGACACCAGACAUUGUACUUUACAACAGUGCUGACAAUAGAGGACGAGGAAUCCUUGAAACGUCGAUGACAACAAACAUUAUUGUCAGUUCUGAUGGCUCGUGUUCUUGGUUUUGUCCGCUUAUCCUUGAAACGGAAUGUGGUGUCGAUAUCAAAUACUUUCCAUUUGACAGACAGGUUUGUCCAAUGCGAUUCGGUCUGUGGACAUAUAGCGGACUGAUGGUUAACUUCUCAAUCGUAAGAGAUUCAGGAGACACUAAAAAUCUGGUUCCAAGUGGCGAGUGGAAUCUUGAAGCCAUGCCUGGAUGGCGCAAAGUCUUCUUUUAUGAUUGUUGUCCAAAUGUGCCAUACCCUGUCAUUGAUUAUGACGUCAUAAUCAUCAGGCGGACAAGCUUUUAUUUGCUGAAUUUGAUUUGGCCUGGAAUAUUGAUUGCCGUACUGGCAGCCAUCACCUUCCUUCUCCCGCCGGAAAGUGGCGAAAGAAUUGGUUUAGGUAUUACAAAUCUACUGGCCAUGAUGGUGUUUCUCCUGCUUAUUUCUGAAAGCAUACCGCCAACAAGUGAUGCUGUGCCACUUGCAAGCAACUUCUUCAGCGUUGUUCUUGUCCUCUCCGCUUUGGCGCUAAUCGAGAGUUGCAUCGUCAUCAAAUUUCUGCAUUACAGCAACUCGGACGUCAGCGAAGUGCCACGAUUUGUUCGUUAUUUCGUAAACGAUUUAUUGGCAAGGUUAGUCUGUAUCGAUGGGUUUUGCAAGAAGCGGAAUUCGGUGGACCUCCAUGAACCAAAGGGAGUGGAAAACCCAGUUAUGAAUGGCAACUCUAAUUCUGAUAUUGCACUCCAAAAAAGAAAGCAUUCAUUUGAGGAGGACAACGAUCUGAAGAUAAUUCACCGAGCUCAGAUGAGCGUUGCUGAAGUAGAGAUCGCCGAAGGAGUAAAGAAGAUUGUUUCAACCAUAACAAAGCAAGAGAAGUCAGACGACGCGAAGGCUGAAUGGCGCAGGGCUGUACAGGUUGUCGAUAGGUUGUCCACAAUUGUGUUUCUGAUUGUCCUUAUUGGCGGCUGUGCUGGAAUAUUUGCUUCUUCGCCGCGAUUCUUCGUUGCAUGAUCUUUGGAUGACCGGCCUACUUUUACCGAACACGUUCCUGUUGUAGGAUCAGUGUAUGAAUUUGUAAAUUCAUUUGUAUUCGUUAAACCAAAGUUUCAAUGUAUCCAGUAAUUUAAAGUUGAGUUGAAUUACUUCUGGCAAACUGUCGAUAUGAACCAAUAGCGUUGAAUAAAACGGCUCUCAUGACACUCUACAUACGGACAGUCUUCUUCAAUUAGAUCAUUGUGUACACAGAACAGUUCAUCAAGAAAUAAAAUUAAUUUGUUAGAUUACUUUUAUAUGGACAUUAAUUUGCAUGUUUUUAACAAAAAAAGGACAUUUGUUAGUAGGAUUCUAUCUAACCAUUAAUUCUCAACAUUGUGAUGUGAAUACAGUUGUGACAACAUGUAUUCGCAACAUCUUAAACUUGACAAGCUGGGCAGUUUGAAUGAUGCUUGCUUUACCAUAAUAAUAAUUAUAAUAAUAAUAAUAAUAACUGACAAUUUUAAGUACUAUAACAAAAAUGGCAUGUGAUAAUGGUGUUUUGUGAUAAAA